AUGAUUCCAGGGGGAGGGGCCAUGCCAGGCCAGGCUGGCUUUGGCCCUGAACUGAGCGAGGCGCAAAAGAUGGCGGCUUUUGCUCCCCUAGACAAGCCUUUGCUCAUUGUUGCUGCAGCGGGCUCAGGCAAAACGUCUGUCCUGUGUCACAGGAUCCUCCACAUGAUUGCCCAGGGCAUCGAACCAGGCAGCGUCUUGGCAGUAACGUUCACACGCCGUGCCGGGCAAGACCUUUUGCGCCGUAUCCGUGCGCUCGCGCAACUGCCCGGCCUGGGCCCUGCGCAUGCAACUGCGUGCGAGCGCGUGCGCGUGGGCACGUUUCACUCGUUCUGCCUCUCGGUCCUGCGCAAGCACCCCGAGAAGGCGGGCCUGGCACGCAACUUUGCCGUGUACACGCCCAAGAUGCAGAGGGACCUUCUGCUGGGGCUGGUGCACGAGUACUACAUUGGCAUGGGCAUGAUCCAGCAACGGCGCCAGGGACGGCCCAUCCCUCAGGAGCUGCACUCGAGCGCCGCGCUGGUGAGGUCUCUGCCGCCCGAGCAGCGAGCCCAGUUCCAAGCAGAAGCUGCCCGCCUACUGCGCAAGAUUAGCCGACUGCAGGCUGACGCGGGCGCGGGGUCGAGCCAGAGCAUCCUGGGAGACGGUACCGACAACGAGAUGUUCUCGUGGAUCUACGACCACUAUAAGCAGCGGCUGCGCGAGGUCAACGGAGUCGACUUCAACGGGUUCAUCAGGCACACCGUGAAGCUGUUCCAGUCCUGCCCGGAGGUACUACAACAGCAGCGGGGCCAGUCAAGAUACGUGCUUGUCGACGAGUUCCAGGACACUGACACGUGUCAGUUCGAGCUGCUCCGCCUGCUGUGCGCGCCCGCGCCCGGCGACUCGGGCCGCGUGACGGUGGUGGGCGACGAUGACCAGCAGAUCUACACAUGGCGGGGCGCCGCGGGCCUGCGCAACUUCGCGGCAUUUGACGAAGCGUUCCCGGAUGCCAAGACAGUGCUGCUAGAACAGAACUUUCGGUGCUCCGCCGCCAUCGUCUCCGCGUCGCGCAUGGUCAUCUCGCGCAACACGCGGCGCCGCGCCAAGUCCAUCCGGCCGGUCGCCCCCUUCGGAGUCGCCGUCACUGUUUCCGAGUGCCGCAACGAGGCGUGCGAGGCGACCGAGGUAGCCGAGGCCAUUCACGAACUGGUCGCCGCGCAAGGCCUUGUUCUGAGCGAGAUCGUCGUGCUUUACCGGCUGCAAAGAGUGGGGCUCGACGUCAUGCAGGGCCUCCGAGCGCGGGGGAUCGCGUGCCACUUCAAAGGGAGCGGGUCCGGUGGGGGUGGGGGAGAGGAGGGGUUUGGGUUUGGCGCGAGCGGGGGUGGGAGUGCUUUCGAGGACGUUUUGGCUGUGUUAGCCUUAGUGGUGAACGAGGGAAACGAUGCGGCGUGCGCGCAGUUACUGCACACGUGCAGCCAACACGUGGCGGCCCCCGACGGCGCGGCACUGGCCUGCGUAAGCCUCCUGAACCACGAGAAGGGGAUCCCCCUGCUGGCCGCAAUCAAAAGCGUGCGCGCGCAUGCGCUCGGAGUCAUGCCGUGCGCAGAGCUGCGGGAGUUCGCGCCGGCCCAAUCGCUGGACGCCACGUCAGCAACCAUCGGCGCCAUGCUGGCGGUGUUGAGGAUCGUAGCGGCCGCGAAGCAGGAGGCGCAGCAACUGGGGUGCAAGGACCUGGUUCUAAACGUACUGAAGCAAGUGGCGCCGUAUCACGGAAGCGAGGCGCAAGAUGGAGAAGAAGUGCCUACACAAGGGACGAGAACAGGGAAAUCGUCGCAGCCUGGAAAGGGAAACGGGGUCAAGGGGAGCUUCGCGUUUGCGGGCAUCAAGGCGCUGAUUCGAGAAGCGGAGCUGUUUGAGGAAGCCGAAUCAAGUCGCGUGCCCGAGACGCCUAGCGCAUUAAAGCCCCCAUUGAGCCAAGCAGAGGGUGCGGCCUUAGACGGAACGUAUACAACCGGCGGAAUGACGUCGGCGAGAAACGUGGGAACGGUUAUUCAGGACGGCAGUCCGCUCCGGCGAGAAGGCGUUUCGUUACGGCCGGAACAGGUGCCAUGUCAGCCCCUGGGUAGGGACAAUGGGGCAGAGGCGAGCACCAGCGGACGGGGCCAGGACCCGCAACUCUCGGGGGGGCAGAAUGGCUGUGUUAAAACACCCCUGCAGGGACGGGAGCAAAGGGAGGGCUGGCUGACACCGCCGCCUAGCAGGGGGCUGAGCAACUUGGAUAACACGCCGUUGAGGAUGGGGUCCCAAGGUUCGGGGCAACAAUCGAGCCAUCUGAGAACGUCGGCAAGCAGAGGGGGUCACACGUCCCCCCGCUUUGCAGGCUGCGGUCCUGCGCGCGAGGGCAGCUACGCGGACCUGAUGGCGAAGCGCGGCCGCCGCAGCACUCCCGCGCAGCUCAGCAGCGCGCUCCGAUCCGUCCCCCCGGUGCCGCGGCCCAAUCUGUGUCUGACACCUGGCACCACUCCGUCCACCGCUCCCCGAGCAGAGUCACCCUUACGCAAUCCCGCCAAGGAAACGUCAGCAACGGGGGUGGAGUCCGGCGGGUUCUCCUUCGCCGUUACUCCGUGCGAGGACAGCCGGAGCCCCACCCUGUUCAAAGCCCCGGGGGCCAGCAGGCCUGCGGAGGGAUCCCCCGCCUCGACCCCUGUCGCCAAUCCCCGGACGCAUCCCCAUCCUAGUUAUGCCCCGAGCUCGCAAUCGGGAAAGACCGCCAAACGAAUCGGCGCAACCGAAGCGGCCAGGAUUGCCCGCUUGCAAAAGUUCGUGGACCGGGUGAUGUUGCGCAGCGAGGAACAGGAACUAGGGGAGGCGGGAGAUUUGGGCGCGGGGCCAGAAGAGAAGGACGGAGAGGAAGAGGAGGCGGUGACUCUGACCACGAUCCAUCAGGCCAAAGGCCUUGAAUGGACCGCCGUGAUCUUGGUCCGUGCCAUCGAGGGCGUCCUACCGCUCUCCGACCAUUCGUACACGUCCGCACGGGAGACUCGGACGGUGGUCGUCAGAGAUCAAGGGCACAUGCCGCCAAGUGCGAGUAACGCUCAGUUGGGCGAUGGGCCGAGCGUUACGGCGGCCGACACCGUGGACAACGUUGCGGCGCUGGGGGCAGUCCGGAGGGAGGGGGGCGACGACGAGCCUGAAGCGUUGGAAGAAGAGCGGCGGCUUCUGUACGUCGCUCUCACGCGAGCCAAACGAUUCUUCAUGGUGACUCACGUGAUGUCCGAUGGCGGCCAGCAGCGGAGUCCCUCGCGCUUCCUGCAGGACAUUCCCAGAGGCCUGACGAGAAGAACACAGCGCUACGAUGUUGGGCCACCCCCCCAGGCGCUUACCCCAAGUCAGUCGCAGGCUGCGGGGCCCAGCCAAAUGGGCCCCGGUCGACCAUCACCGGGCACGUCGAAGCGUGGCGGAAGCUCGCUCGCGAAGACGGGACGGGCUGAGAAGUCGAGGGGCAGGAAAGGGGGCGAUCAAGGUGGCGUCAAAAAAGGCCGGGGGCGGAAAGAAGGGGAAGACAAGGAGAACGCCGGGGAGGGGAAGAAGCGGAACGGGAGGAAACGGAACGCGAAGAAGGUGGUUGACGAGGAAGUGACCGCUGAUUGUGAUGUUGGCACGUCGGAUGCUGAGAAGGAUGCUGAGAUUGACGAGCCGCUAGCGAGGCGAAGGCAGGUGAAGCGACGGCCUUUGCGAGUGGUCGAGGACUGAUUGCAGGGGUGAAGAUGCGAAGGAGGACUGCCCGAUAAGCAGUGAAGUAGCCUAUAGCUUCCCAAACAACUCUUCUUUUUCCAGCUAGACUUACGAUAGGACCUAAUAUUACGUGAUUGGUGAUUUCCUGCGCGAUCGCUCGCCUGUUACAGUCGGAUCGAGCUUGAUUUUUUGUUGAGGAGGCGAACUCGCGUUUCAACCGCUGAAUACACGGAAUCAAGAAGGUGCAAUAUAGGGAAUAGUUGAACAUUUGAAAGAUAUGUAACGCAGGCAUG